AUGCUCAACAAGCAGAUGAAGCGGCUGCUGCGGGGCAAGUACACCGCCUACAGCGCGUCGGCGGUCGCAGACGCCCGGUCGCGGGAGCUGAAGGCACCGGAGCGUGGGGUCGUCUCUGCGUGGUGCAAGGAAGCGUGGAAGUCCAUCAACCCCGAGACGUUUAAGACUUGCUUCAAGAUCUGCGAUCUCACGCUCGCGCUCGACGGCAGCGAAGACCACGCCUGGUGCGAGCACAACCUCGGGGAAGACUAC